AUGCGAUUAUAUCGAGAUUUACUCUACGACUACAACAACGAAAUCCGACCGUCAGUACACCCAAAGGAGCCGAUAAAUGUCACUUUUGUGUUCUCAUUGACACAAAUUAUUGAUGUGGACGAACGGAACCAAAUUCUGACAACGAAUAGUUGGGUUCGGUUGCACUGGGUGGAUUAUAAGUUGGUGUGGGAUCCGAGAUUGUAUCAAAAUGUGACACGAAUACAUAUCCCUAGUGAUAAAAUAUGGAAACCCGAUAUCAUUCUGUACAAUAACGCCGACGCGCAAUACAUGAAAUCAGUGAUGUCUACCGAUGUGAUAGUUGACUAUCUUGGAAAUAUUCAUUGGCCGUUAUCUGCAAUUUUCACGUCAUCUUGUCCGUUGGACGUCAAACAUUAUCCAUUUGACAGGCAGACGUGUAUUCUGAAAUAUGCGAGUUGGGCGUAUGAUGGAACGAAAAUUGACCUGUUGCUAAAGUCGGAGCAAGGUGACAUCACCAACUACAUCACUAACACCGAGUGGAGUCUCAUCGGAAUCCGAGCGGAGAAGAAUCAAGUGAUCUACAGUUGUUGUCCGGAACCGUAUCCAUUCAUCGAUGUUCAUGUGACAAUUGAGAGGAGGGCCAUGUUUUAUGUGUUCAACCUAAUCCUCCCCUGUGUCCUCAUCAGUCUCAUCGCUCUAAUGGGUUUCUACAUGCCAACAGAUUCCGGCGAAAAAGUCACUCUGGGAAUCACAUCUCUCCUAUCAACUACCGUAUUCCUGAUGCUGGUAGCCGAAGGAAUGCCACCUACAUCUGAAGCACUUCCACUGAUUGGUAUCUACUAUGGAGUAACCAUUAUGUUAGUUGCGUUGGGCACAGCGAUGACAGUCUUGACUGUCAACAUACAUCAUACGGGAGUCCACGGCUACCCUGUUCCUCCAUUCCUCCAGAUAUUCGCAUUCCGAUACCUCUCGAAAAUUCUGUUCGUCCGAAUUGAACCAUAUCACUCGAUUGCUCAUCACGUCAGGCAUAUGUAUCAGAAAGAGCACCCGAAUGAAUGCACAUUAUCAGCUGGUCUUCAUUACAAACGACUACAAGAUUUCGACAUGAAUCAGGCGAAGAAAGAGGAGAAUUGUGGAUUACAGAGGGAUAGUUCGAAUCUCUCCGUAAUCUCCGCCAACGUCCAUUGCAACCCGGAUGACCGUCUCCUCCUCUCCACACGGAACACCAAAAAUUUUGAUUCCGAAAAGAGUCUCCGUUCUUCGUUAUCCAUUAAAAGUGGUUCACCAACUGCCAAAAAGAAGGUAUCCUUCUCCUCCUUGAACUCUCAUGAAACACCUAUUGACUCUCCAAUAUAUGGUCGGAAACUAGGCAGAACUCAAUCACAAACACCCUCUUCUUCUCACCGGAAUUCCAAUGGAAACGGAGGAAUAACAUCAGAAGUUACGCCUCCGAAUCCUCCGAAAAUCUCACUGACAGAUGUGGAUGAUGUGUUUGAGAAUGAGCAACAACCGGUGAUCGAUGAAUUUGAGAAAGAGUUUCUGAGAGUGAUGUCAAUGGUUCAUGGAAUAAUUGAGAGGAAUGAGAUGAGAGUGGCCGAGAGAGAUAAGAGAGAUGCGAUUGCGUUGGAGUGGCAGCAGGUGGCUAUGGUACUCGACCGUUUUCUUCUGGUCGUUUUCCUCAUCGGCACCUCGAUGUCAACAUUUGUUAUUUUGAAUCAAAGAAAUCUAUUCGAAUCGACGGGAUAA